UGAUAAAUACAAAUUUAAACUAAAUAACAACGCGCUGCGAUUGGGUCCCACAUCGUGUUGUGACUAUGUAAAUCUAGCUGAGGACCUUGUAGGUGAUAUUGACGAUAAUCCGUAUGUACCAAAAACUCAUGAUAUAGAACACCACUUAUUCAAGGAGCCACACAUAAAUAUUGUUAUUUUGGAAAAUCAAGUUUCAGCUUUGGUAGAUACUGGAAGUCAAAUAACUUGCAUGUCGGAAAAUUUUUAUAAACAUCUGAAAAACAAACAUGAUUUGAAUGAACUUCCUGUUAGUAAUGUUUCAGUAUUAUCGGCUAUAGGACAAAAAACUACUCCAGUCAGGCGACAAAUACUUGUAGAUGUAAGUAUAGGGAACAAAGUCGUGCGUACAGUUUUUUUAAUCGUACCGCAUUUAGUAAAUGAUGUUAUUUUUCGCAAUGAUUGGUUAUUUAUAAACAAAGUCGUAUUAGAUUAUGGAUGUAAAACUAUUGAAUUAAAUGGGGUGCUCGUUGCACCAUCGUUUUGCUCGUACGGUCGGGAAUCUUCAGAACAGCUAAAAUCAUUUGCAUGGAAUCAAAAAACGUAUAUACAAGUGGUCAAAAGAAGUAAUAAGGCAAUUAAAUCAGAUAAUAGAAAAGAAUCUGAUAUUGAUAAUAAGGUUAUUUUGGAAUCUUGUGAAAAUGAUAAUUUAGUAAUAAGCAAUAAUGUGAUGAAUAAUGUCAAAGAAUCUGAAAACGCAGUCAAAAAUAUUUGUGUAAAAGGUAACAAUAAUAUAGACUUUGUGAUUAUUAAUGAUGUAAUGAAAAGUAUAGAUAAAGAGAAAGAAGCUGACGAUAAUCUGCAAAUAGAAAUAGAAAAAAAUAGUGAAAUAGCGAAUAUUACUAUUGAUUGUGAUGAAAUUGAUGAAUGUGAUAGAUUGAUAAUUAAUAAUAAAAAGCAAGAUCAUAGGAAAAAUCAUAAUCCAAAAGAAGAGUAUAACUUGUAGAUCGGAAGA